AGAGAACAAGCAACAAGAGAACAAGCAACUUUGACCUCAAUAUCCUUUAUAAUAAUGUUCUAAAAACAAAACUGUAACUAAAGGUGAAAAAUUCAAUGAAGACAUGAGUCAAAGGAAAGUAGUUGAAAAUCAAAACCUGGGGAUGUAUAGUACUGUUCUUGUCCCACAGCCAGAUGGAAAGAUUUGGGUACCUAUGCAAUUUCCCGCUGUUGUCAGAGCAUCAAACAUUUCAGUAUAUCCCCCUCCAAAGCAUUAUGUCCAGUCAGCUGGAAUCAAUCUCCCAUUGAGUCAUCUCAUUCAAGCAAGGCCAUGUUAUCCAAGUCAACAGCAACACCUAUUAGGAAACAACACUACAUCUCCAAGAAAAAUAUUACCAAAGGUCACUGUAAAGCAGGCACUUGUUAUCAAACCAAUAACUACUUCCAAACCUAGGAUUAAUCAAAAUGAAGCAACUGCAACACAUGCUCACACUGGUGACAGAGAUAUUGCUGUACUGGUAGAUGUCGCACAUCGCUAUAGAGAUGAGGUAUCAACUGCUCGCACUGCAGCAAAUAAUGCAAGCUAUAAAGAUGAGGUAUCAACUGCUCGCACUGCAGCAAAUAAUGCAAGCUAUAAAGAUGAGGUAUCCACUGCUCGCACUGCAGCAAAUAAUACAAGCUAUAAAGAUGAGGUAUCAACUGCAUCCUCUGCAGCAAAUAGUACAAGCAAAAAGACUGAAGAGCUAAAACACAAAUUGGACAAUAGAUUUAAUUUUAAGUCAGUCAAACACUAUCAAGAUAUUUAUAACUGUGAUGAAGAACAAGUUAAAAACUGUAUCACCACGUCAGCUGUAGAAGAAAAACGAACCCUAGUUAAACAAAUUCCUUGUAAUAAAUUCACACUCAAACAUUCAAAACUGACAUCACAAAAAGUUGUAACUGAUGCUGAUAUGACAAACAAUAUUAUAGCAAAAGACACAUAUCUACCGAAGAAACACUUUAAAUUCACAACAUCAAAAUUGAAGCCCAGGAAUAUUUCUAUGGUUGAUAAAAGCACCGAUGGGUGUAGUGCAUCAACAAAUGAUGUAAAUGUAGUCCAAGAGAUUAAAGAUAAACUAACUGAUGUUGAACUUAUUAAGCCACAGAGCACAAAUUCUCUAAAUUCACCUAGAAGUGAUGACAGACUGCAUGGACACAUCAGAUGUGAGGAGCAGCUAAAAUAUGAAGAAGCAACUAGUAGUGAUCCAAAUGCAGAGGAGACUGGCAAUGGUAAAGGCUGGGGAACUCCUGAUACAAACAAGAUGGCCCCUGCACUAAAUGAUGAACACUUCAAACUACACUCAACCAGUCAGUCCAUCCAUACAGAUGGAACAGAUUUGGAAACUAGUGAAAUUAAAAAGAAGAUCGUCAGUGGAGGUAGACAUGAUCCAAACAAGGAAGAAACUGAAGCACUCACUAGCUAUUCCGAUGGAACACUUAGCACAAUGACAAGCAUAUGCUGCUGCAGUUCUCCUGAAUCGAUCACCUUAGAUGACUGGAUUCACCAACAAGAUUCAGAGAGGAUUAUCAAGGAAAGAAAUGUAGAGGAGAAUCAGUUAGCUGAGACCUGUAAAAGUGAUCUAUCACUGAAAGGGAGCAAAGACCAACCCAAAGGACUUUAUAAACAUAGUGAUGGAGAGGGCAACAUAUGUGUAGUCGGUGAUCCUAUAUCACUACAGAGUAAAUCAGAUGACACUAAGAUAUACAAGCCUGAACAAAUGGAACAUGACAGCAUAAUAAGUGAAUCUGGUUCAACUAUUGACUAUGUGUACCCUGAUGUUGAAAAUCACAUAUUGGAAAGUCUGCCAGAAUAUGUUGACAUUUCUACAUUGGACAAAUCUACAUAUAUUGAUUGCCAAGAGGACAUCACAAGCACUCUUGAUGAUAUUCUUUCACCUGAUAAAAUCUCUGAUGGAUUUGAUGCCCAAGUUUCCUCUGUCCAAAAUGAAGAAAACCUUGUUCCUAUGACUUUAACUGAAGAUGGCAAAACAAAAUCUAACAUUAAAAUUGAAACAGUUCAUGCCAUCAGUGGAUCAGAGUUGGGUACAUCCGUUGAAAUACACAAUAAUUCAAAAAUGAAUGAAGACAAUUCAGAACAUGUUAUUGUAAAUGAAACCAAAUGGAAUGAAGAGUCUCCAACUGGGUCUAAUUUGACUGGAACUUCCUUCAGUAUUGACAUGACCAAUUUGGUUACAAGCUCCAAUACCCAAGAUGGAGAAAACAUUCCAAUAAAUGAAAAAUUGAAUGUGAUUAGACACACCCCACCAACAUUGUAUCCAUAUGAUUACUACCAAGUUAAGAUGAGUAAUCCAACAGCAUCAAUAUCCAAUACAACUACAUCUUCUUCACCAUUGCCCAUAUUUUAUGAAACAGAAAGUCAGUAUUUGGAGAGAACUGUUUCCCAAAAUGAGGAAGGAUUAUCUGGAGAUAGUGUUCAUCAUGCACAAGUGGGUGUUAUGGUGAGAGGGAUGUUGUCCUAUGCUGAUAUUACUAUGCAAAAUAUUAAUUCAUGUAUAGAAACCAUUGAUGGGAAGUUUGACCUUGAGGGAGGUAGUGACAUGGUUGAGACUGUCCAACAGUUAAGUGAAACAAUGGCAUCAUGUGCCAAGCUGUCUGGAGACUUAAAAGUCAUGUUGAAGGACAAGACCAGAGGAAGGAAAAUGGGAACAACAGCUCAGACCACACUCAAAUCUGAGUAUACAAAAGAAACCCCUAAAAUGAAAAAACGUUUAAGUCAUGCAGAUGAGCCCUCCAUGAAAAAGGAUGGGGGUGAAUUAUACAAUCUUAACAUCAAAGAGACUGUCAGCUGUUGUGAGAUAAAACAAGAAUGUGGAGAUUUGAGUGAUUUGAAAAAAGGGCAAAGCCACAUGACAAAUAAGAAAAAUGACAUGAGAAAUAACAUAGAUAAAUAUUUUCCUCGAACCAACACCACAGUUAUGUCACCUUCAACUGGUAUUCAUGAUAAAUCAUUGAACAGUUCCUGUGUAAGUGAAGGAAAUGAUGAAAUGGAUCUUCCAGAUAUUAAUGUUAGACCAAAGAUAAAAGUAAAACUCAAAGUUAAAAGGAAGGAAAACUCUAUUUCCCUAAAAAGAUCAAAUUCUGAGAUGAGACAUAACAAUUCAAAAGUAAAACCAAAAAAGAAAAAGGGAAAGGCAACGCAAAAGGGAAAAGUUCAGAAAACUAAAGUGGAUACCCCAAGGCCAAAAAUAUCUAAAGAUAAGUAUCUUGUGGGAAUUUAUGAGAAAGAUAAUCAAAUGAUGAAGUCACAUGUGUACACACAACCCAGGGUACAAAAGAGACAUAUCAAUAAUGAUGAAUUACAUGUUGUUUCAAAUCCUGGUUCUGAUCAACACAAUUUGCCAGCAAAGAGAGUGAGGUCCAAUAUUGUCCAACCCGAAUGUGAACAUUCUCUGCAACACAGGGGGAAAUUAAUGACCAACAAAUUUAAAUCAGGUCUAUAUGAUGAAAAUAACAACCUAAUUGAGCUGGAUAUAGGAAAUCUAGAACAGGGUAGGAUUGAAACUAUUGAAAAUAAUGAUGAUACUGGAAAAGCUGGUCAAACAGUGAUAAAUAUCAAACAAGCAGGGACUGAAUCUCUAUCAGAACACCGCACAGAGUCAAUAAUUGGUGGAAGGUUACCUGAACUCUCGAGAUCUUCCAGCUUUAGUACCCCACCCAAAACAGCAUCUGAGAUACAAUCCAGCUCAUCACGUGAUAUCUUGCUUACCAAAAGUGGCAGAAGACGGUCACCUUACAUCAAGCUUUGUAGACUGAAGCCUACUAGCACUAGGAGGUCUAUGUCUUAUGGUGAGAUCAUCCCUCCUCCAGUUACAAGGAGCUUUGUAUUUAAAGAUCAAUGUGAAGAGAUACUUAAUAAGGUCUUCAAUAUGCCAGAGAGUGAGAUGUUCCACAAUGAAAUCACAUCCAAAGAGGUCCCAGACUACCCUAAGAUUGUGAAGUUCCCCAUGUAUUUGAAGUUGGUUGCUCAAAAGUUGCGCCGUGGCUCCUAUAGAGACCUUAUGGAUUAUGUCAGUGAUAUGCGCAGAAUAUUCUGGAACUGUAGGCUUUAUAACAAGGAAGGAACCCCCAUUAUUGAAAGCUGCAACAAGAUUCAAAGUCAAUUUGAGAUACUUCUGCAAAAUAUGUUUCCUAAAACUGACUUUUCAAGUAUAUCUGGGUCACCCCAACACAACAGCAUUGUACAGGUGAAGCCUGAAAAGCAAGAACAUUCACCCAACACAGACAAUCAAGGUGAACAACAGGAUAUAAUCAAGAUACCAGGCAUGAUCAAGCAACUGUAUUGAGAAUUCAGCUGUUGACCCUAAAUAUAGGAGGGUUGACUAGAAAGUCAUCAGACUUGUGAAUUAAUAAAUAAGUCAUCUGAAAACUAUUUAUUUAUGAUUCACCAGAAGACUAUUAUGUGAUGACUGAUGAAUUAUCAAAAAUAGUAUAAUGACAGAGUACGUAGUCAUCAUUAAAGAAUAUGCUAUUCAAAUCCUUAAUAUACAGUCAUUGUUCUUUAUUGAUAAUGAUAUUCUAAAUUACCAUACAGAAUCAAAUUAAAUACAGAAUCAUUCCUGGCAAGGACCAUUCCAUCACAAGCACUUCAAAGUGUUGUUUUAGUCACCAGCAAAUAGGUACGCUUUAUUAAAUUAUAAUAAUAAAAAACAUGUGGCAUGUUGGACUUUUCUCCUGCUCUACUGUAUUUUGUUAAUGCCUUGUUCAAUAAUGUUAUUGAAGUGUUUAACAUGAAUAUAUUAAAGGAUAAAAACUGAUGAUUUAAAUAUCAUAUUUUUAUUAUUAUUUAUUGGAAACAUUAG